CUAGUUUUAGAAAACAACUCAUCUUUCGAAAGGAUUCACCGAUAGCCGUGACGUGAUUAUAUAUCGAUGAAAAAAUAAUACUAUAUCUACAUAUUGAACAAUUAAAUGUUUUUAACCAUAAUCUUCGCGUUCUCUCAAAAAAGGUUUGUAGUUAAAGAACAUUCAUAUUUACGACACGGAGUAGUUUUCUCGGUUUGAUAUUUGUAUAUGUUUGAUAUAAGUUAUGAAACGCGAAAGGAAGGACCGCGACGGACCUGUAGUUAGCCAGCUAAGCUAACCACGCAGGAUCGAAAACAGUGUCAGUGACUGAAGGAAUUUAGCUAGCCAGCUGUACUACGAGCUAACACGCCGAAAUCCAUCAGAUAGUAGUGUGGUAGUUUGACUUGUUAGCCAGCUAUAGUGGUGUCAAGUUGAAGGUCUCCACUCCACUUAUCGGUGCAUUUUGAGUAGUCCGUUUCCCCGAAAACCGAAUCAAAGCUAAACGUCAGCAGAACCAUCUCUCGAUUUGCGGUCAAAUGGAACAAUGACAAAGAUGCUGAAUAUUCUACUUGUCUUUACAACGCUAGGUCAGUGAUCAUUCGAUAUUUUUUCUGUGUGGUGUAAUCUGUUAAUUUUAGAAUUAGCUAGCUUACGUAUUUCAAUACUUAAGUAUUUCAAUAUGCUUGUGUGAUGAGUUAAGUGUCAGAGACAUCAUGUUGAGUACUGAUACUGUAGCGGCUAACAUCGAUAUGUCUGCUUUGCUUGAGUAGUUAAGAUUAUAGAUAAAAUGUACUGUUUUCCUCACUCUUUCUCUUGCUGUUCCCAUACAGGCUGUGCUCUUGUUACUUGGGAUGUAGAUGCAGACGGUGAGUCACUCAGAAUGAUACAGUCUGCAGAUGGCGUGUCGUUAAUCCGCCUAGUCAGCGGGGACACUGACUGUUCGGGACGCGUGGAGCUGCUCCAGAGGAACCAGUGGGGGACGGUGUGUGACCACGGCUGGGACCUGAGGGAGGCUGACGUGGUGUGCCAGGAGCUGGGCUGUGGGCUGGCCGAGAACGCCCUCCGUGGAGCUGCGUUUGGCAAGGGCACCGGAAAGAUCUGGCUGAGGCACGUCCAGUGCUCGGGCCAUGAGGCGAGCCUGACGCGAUGUCCCAGGGUCCUCCACAGUGAACCCACCUGCACACAUGAUAAUGACGCUGGGGUGAAAUGCUCAGGUGAGACUGAGGACCAGGAGGAUAGCCUAGUACCAGAUCAGUUGAAACUGUUUAAACAGAUCUGGGGCCCCCGUGCUUCAGGAGGUAAGGACACCUAAAAUAGUGGGGGUUUUGAAAUGGGACAGAAAACAUUUCCACGUUGGAGUAACGUUUAAGAAUUGAUAAUAUGCGUGUGAUGUGAUUGUACAGUGGUUCCUCAAUUAAAAGUUGAGUCAUGCCAUGGUGGUCCUCUGUAGCUCAGCUGGUAGAGCACGGCGCUUGUAACGCCAGGGUAGUGGGUUCAAUCCCCGGGACCACCCAUACACAAACAUGUAUGCACGCAUGACUGUAAGUUGCUUUGGAUAAAAGCGUCUGCUAAAUGGCUUAUUAUUAUUAUUAUUAUUAUUAUUAUUAUUAUUAUUAUUAUGGUGUAGCUUUACAGUGCUUGCCGUUAAUGCUCGUUCAAACCACCAGAGGGCAUCUUUGAGCACAUCUACUCAAUUUAUUAAUAAGGGCCUUUGAAGCUGAGCAGAGAUCACCAUGCCAUGCAAUUAUGAAUACACUUCAUGAUUUAAAAUAAUAAUAAUAAUAAUAAUAUGCCAUUUAGCAGACGCUUUUAUCCAAAGCGACUUACAGUCAUGCGUGCAUACAUUUUUGUGUAUGGGUGGUCCCGGGGAUCGAACCCACUACCCUGGCGUUACAAGCGCCGUGCUCUACCAGCUGAGCUACAUUAAAUUAUAUAUUUCAUUUUAGGCCAAUGGUAAGCGAAAAGGAAGAAGAUCAAGCAAGCCGAGUCCCAAUAUGGGCAGAAUAUUGUAUGAAAUAUUCUGAUGGUUAAAGGCCGACAUUUGGUCGUUUCAAUUAAAUCGGGUUAUUUCAAUUCAAAUGUGACUCGUUCCAUUCUACAUUCUCUUGUUGAUAUUAUAUCCUGGCCUUCAUUUAGGAUUAUUUUAGUGGUAACCCGUUCUCCGGUUCACAACGCUGUAUGGGUUUUGACUGACAGCAGUUAUAAACAACAACAAGAUGCCCCAUCCCUCCUGCUACUUUUGCACAUUUGUUGUUGUCUGAGUGAAGGAAAUGCUGUAAAGUGAAGGAAAUGCUGUAAAGUGAGGGAAAUGUUGUAAAGUGAAGGAAAUGCUGUAAAGUGAAGGAAAUGCUGUAAAGUGAGGGAAAUGCUGUAAAGUGAGGGAAAUGCUGUAAAGUGAAGGAAAUGCUGUAAAGUGAGGGAAAUGCUGUAAAGUGAGGGAAAUGCUGUAAAGUGAGGGAAAUGCUGUAAAGUGAAGGAAAUGCUGUAAAGUGAAGGAAAUGCUGUAAAGUGAGGGAAAUGCUGUAAAUCGAGAUGCUACCAGAUGCUUCUUUCUAUUGUUGUCAUCUGUUCAGUAACAUACCAUAAUAAUGUUUUUAUUUAAUUUUAUUUAUUUCACCUUUAUUUAACCAGGUAAGCCAGUUGAGAACAAGUUCUCAUUUACAACUGCGACCUGGCCAAGAUAAAGCAAAGCAGUGCGAUUAAAAACAACAACACAGAGUUACAUAUGGGGUAAAACAAAACAUAAAGUCAAAAAAUACAACAGAAAAUAUAUAUACAGUGUGUGCAAAUGUAGCAAGUUAUGGAGGUAAGGCAAUAAAUAGGCUAUAGUGCAAAAUAAUUACAAUUAGUAUUAACACUGGAAUGAUAGAUGUGCAAGAGAUGAUGUGCAAAUAGAGAUACUGGGGUGCAAAAGAGCAAAAUAAAUAACAAUAUGGGGAUGAGGUAGUUGGGUGGGCUUACUUUUAUACUAUUCCAGGUAUACCUUUCAAGUGUCUCCGCUGUCCUGGCGUCGUGGGGGAGCUUGUUCCACCAUUGGGGUGCCAGAGCAGCGAAUAGCUUUGACUGGGCUGAGUGGGAACUGUGCUUCCGUAGAGGUAGGGGGGCCAGCAGGCCAGAGGUGGAUGAACGUAGUGCCCUCGUUGGGUGUAGGGUCUGAUCAGAGCCUGAAGGUACGGAGGUGCCGAUCCCCUCACAGCUCCGUAGGCAAGCACCAUGGUCUUGUAGUAGAUGCGAGCCUCAACUGGAAGCCAGUGGUAUAUACCAGGGUUCCCCAACUGGCGACCACCCGCGGGUCACCAGUUGGGGAACCCUGGUAUAUUGGACCCGCGGGUGGUUUUAUCUGGACCACUAGUUUUCAUUGUAGGACAUAAAAUACUGUAAAAAUACCAGGAAAUCAGCUCCAAGUGAUUUUAAUUUAGGAAAUCUGUUCCCAAGUAUUCCCACGCAUCAUAGAGACGUGAUCUUAUGCAAAUGUAAGCAAGGUUUGAAAUUAUUAUGUUUUGUGGUCAAUUUGCAGUCUACAAAUGAUUUGUAAUGAUGUUCCGGCCCCCUGACCAUCCGCUCGAGAAACAAAUCGGCCCGCGGCUGAAUCUAUAUGAUGAUCCUUGCAAUAUACCGUACCAGACCAUAAUAUACCUCAAUGAACCGCAGCAUAACCUCAGCUUUUAAUUGAGGAACCACUGUGGGUUUUUUUUGACAAUGUACGUGGCUAGGAAUUAUCCUAAUGGCUGUAUAACAUGGUGCCUUCAGAAAGUAUUCACACCCCUUGACUUUUUCCACAUUUUGUUGUGUUAAAGCCUGAAUUUAAAAUGAAUUAAAUUGAGAUGUUGUGUUGCUGGUCUACACACAACACCCCAUAAUGUCAAAGUGGAAUUAUGUGAAAUGUCUUCAGUCAAUAAGUAUUCAACCCCUUUGUUAUGGCUAGCCUAAAUGAGUUCAGGAGUAAAAAUGUGCUUAACAAGUCACAUAAGCUACAUGGACACACUGUGUGCAAUAAGUGUAUAACAUGAUUUGUGAAUGACUACCUCAUCUCUGUAUCCCACACAUACAAUUAUCUGUAAGGUCCCUCCGUCGAGCAGUGAAUUCCAAACACAGAUUCAACCACAAAGACCGUGGAGGUUUUCCAAUGCCUCGCAAAGAAGGGCACCUAUUGGUAGAUGGGUUAAAAAAAUAUAUCCCUUUGAGCAUAGUUAAGUUAUUAAUUACACUUUGGAUGGUGCAUUAACAUACCCAGUCACCACAAAGACACAGGCGUAACUCAGUCGCCGGAGAGGAAGGAAACUGCACAGGGAUUUCACCAUGAGGCCAGUGGUGACUUUAAAACAGUUACAGAGUUUAAUGGCUUUUAGAGGAGGAAACUGAGGAUGGAUCAACAACAUUGUAGUUACUCCACAAUACUAACCUAAUUUACUUUUAUUUUAUUUUACCUUUAUUUAACUAGGCAAGUCAGUUAAGAACAAAUUCUUAUUUACAAUGACGGCCUACCCCGGCCAAACCCGGACGACUGAGAUGCAGUGCCUUAGACCGCUGCGCCUCUCGGGAGCCCUAAUUGACAGAGUGAAAAGAAGGAAGCCUGUACAGAAUAAAAAAACAUUGAAAAAAAUGCAUCCUGUUGGCAACUAAAGGCACUAAAGUACUACUGCAAAACAUUUGGCAAUGCAAUACAUUUUUUGUCCUGAAUAUAAAAUGUUACGUUUGGGGCAAAUCCAAUAAAACACAUUACUGAGUAUCACUCUCCAUAUUUUCAAGCAUACUGGUGGCUGCAUCAUGUUAUGGGUAUGCUUGUAAUCGUUAAGGACUGGGGAGUUUUUCAGGAUAAAAAAAAAAGAAACUGAAUGGAGCUAAGCACAGACAAAAUCCUAGAGGAAAACCUGCUUUCCACCAGACACUGGGAGGUGAAUUCACCUUUCAAGCAGGACAAUAACCUAACACACAAGGCCAAAUCUACACUGGAGUUGCUUACCAAGAAGACAGUGAAUAUUCCUGAGUGGCCGUGUUAGUUUUGACUUAAAUCUGCUUGAAAGUCUGGCAAAACUUGAUGGUUGUCUAGCAAUGAUCAGCAACCAAUUUGACAGAGCUUGAAGAAUUUUGAAAAUAAGGGGAAAAAUUGUACAAUCCAUGUGUGGAAAGACCUAAAGGCUCACAGCUGUAAUCAAUUCGAAAGGUGAUUCUAACAUGUAUUGACUUAGGGGUGUGAAUACUUAUGUAAAUGAGAUAUUUCAGUAUUUUAUUGUCAAUACAUUUGCUAAAAUUUCUAAAAACAUGUUUUCACUUUUUUUUUUUUAUUAUGGGGUAUUGUGUGUAGAUGGGUGAGGGGGAAAAAAUAUCAUUUUAGUCCAAUUUGAAUUCAGGCUGAAACACAACGACGUGUGGAAUAAGGUCGAGGGGUAUGAAUACUUUCUGAAGGCCCUGUAUCGAUCUCCCUGACAGGUACACUGUUGACGCCCACCCUGUCCCUGCUCUCCCCUCACACUGUCUUCUCUGCCGGGGAGACGGUUCGCUUCGGCUGCACUGUGCUACUGGGCCACCACCUGAAUGGCUUCCACCUGUAUAAGAGGGGCGUCGCCACCCCGUUGGUGACUCAGAGGGUGGACUCUGCCCAGACCAGGGUGGAGCUGACUCUGUCUGACCUGGAGACGACCCACCAGGGCAGCUACAGCUGUCUGUACAGGAUCAAGGGCAGCUCUCCCUCCUCCCCGCUCAGCUCUCCACCCAGCAACUCUAUCAACAUCACUGUGGGUGAGUCAUCUGGGGCCUGUUUUACUUAGUAGGAUACAAAAUGGAAGAAAAAUAAGAUUUGCUACAGUAUUCGCUAAAGUUCAUUAGGGCACACCGUAGCAAAAAUGUUUUGUAACAUAAAAGGGAAAACUUGUAUUUAUUGGACAGGUAGUACCUCCUCGUUUCACUCUAUUUCAAAACAUGUUCUCCCUACUGAACUCAUCUUUUAUCAUUUUGGUUUUGUCUGAGAUCCGGACAUCUUUUCCAGGAGAAAAAAAGACUGACUUGUUUUGUAAUUUUGAUCUAUCUUGUAACUCGAAUACGGUCAAAUUGAUCCCCCCCUUUCUCCCUCCCAUCUCUCCAGUGGAGCUGCACACCCCUCAGCACUGGUACAACACGUCCAUCGAGGCUCCCACAGGCUCUGUCAUCAAAGGCCACAGCUUCACCAUCACCUGCUCCGCCGAGCAGCAGUACCCUGGAGGUAGCUUAAUUGAUUGAUAAAUUAAUUGAUUGGAUUUAUUUUACAAUAAAUAAAUAAAAAACUAAUUGGUCUGGUUUCUUGGAUAUUAACUGUAGCCCUGUACUAAAAAGCCAUUUCAAUGGAGAUUCUCCAAUAAGCUUUUUAGUCCAGGGCUAAACUGUCUCCGGAAAACCGGCCCAUAUAGGCAAGAAGAAGCAGUACAUAGCUACAUUUACAAAAACUGUCCAGGAUAACACAAUAUUCAAAUUUUUUAAUUUCCUUAUUGAGGUUCCUUUCAGCUGCGUCUGAUCCGUUCCAACGGCACGGUGCGCCAGUCGAUGCCCGCCCUCACUCCCUCCGUCACCUUCACCUUCUCAAACGCACAGCGGUCCAACGAGGGCUACUAUUACUGCCUCUACAGGGUCCAGCUGGGCGGGAGAACCUUCGUGUCCCGGGAGAGCCAACCGCUCCCCAUCUCCAUCAGAGGUGAGGACAGGGCAGUCAGCAUUUAGGGCAGGGAUGGGCAACUGGCUGCUCCCAUUUUGAAGCCCUCUGAUCAAUUUCCCCCCCAAAAUAGUAGAAUACAAAAGGUGCAAUUUCAAAAUGUUUUUGUGCAUCAGCAGUUGUAUUGCUAUGUCAGUCACUGAUAGUCAGUCAAUUAGCCCAUGUCAGACACAUUUUGGGGGGGAUUGCUAAGUUAGUUUAGCAACCAGCUAUCAAAACCAUGGUCGAAUUACCGGCCGGGGGGGCCCCCAUUGAUUUUGUUAGUCAGUCUCACUCAGAUAUCAUGUUAAAAACUGCAAACAUGACUCUCCACCCUAUGGCAAAAUGUGUAGAAUUGCAGCAAACUUUCUUUUAAAACUGCAACAUUUUCUCUAUUUUCACAUAAUGACUGUCUGUCCAUUUGGGUUGUGUCCAUAGACGCACAGUGUAUUCGGAAAGUAUUCGGACCCCUUCCCUUUUUCCACAUUUUGUUACAUUACAGCCUUAUUCUAAAAUGUAUUAAAUAAAUAAAAAUCCUAAUGAAUUUACACACAAUACCCCAUAAUGACAAAGCUAAAACAGGUUUUUAGAAAUUUUUGCAAAUGUAUUAAAAAUAAAAAACAUACCUUAUUUACUUAAGUAUUCAGACCCUUUGCUAUGAGGCUCGAAAUUGAGCUCAGGUGCAUCCUGUUUCCAUUGAUCAUCCUUGAUGUUUCUACAACUUGAUUGGAGUUCACCUGGGGUAAAUUAAAUUGAUUGGACAUGAUUUGGAAAGGCACACACCUGUCUAUUUAAGGUCCCACAGUUGACUGCAUGUCAGAGCAAAAACCAAGCCAUGAGGUCGAAGGAAUUGUCCGUAGAGCUCUGAGACAGGAUUGUGUCGAGGCACAGAUCUGAUUCAAGCAGGUCUUUUAUGGUAGAGUGGCCAGACGGAAGCCACUCCUCAGUAAAAGGCACAAGACAGCCCACUUGGAGUUUGCCAAAAGGCACCUAAAUUAAACUCAGACCAUGAUAAAAAAGAUUCUCUGGUCUGAUGAAACCAAGAUUGAACUCUUUGGCCUGAAUGCCAAGCGUCACGUCUGGAGGAAACCUGGCACCAUCCCUACGGUGAAGCAUGGUGGUGGCAGCAUCAUGCUGUGGAGAUGUUUUUCAGCGGCAGGGACUGGGAGACUAGUAAAGAUUGAGGGGGAAAAUGAACGGAGCAAAGUACAGAGAGAUCCUUGAUGAAAACCUGCUCCAGAGCGCUCGGGACCUCAGACUGGGGCGAAGGUUCACCUUCCAACAGGACAACGACCCUAAGCACACAGCCAAGACAACACAGGAGUGGCUUUGGGACAAGUCUCUGAAUGUCCUUGAGUGGCCCAGCCAGAGCCCGGACAUGAACCCAAUCGAACAUCUCUGGAGAGACCUGAAAAUAGCUGUGCAAUGCCGCUCCCCACCUAACCUGACAGAGCUUGAGAGGAUCUGCAGAGAAGAAUGGGAGAAACUCCCCAAAUACAGGUGUGCCAAGCUUGUAGCGUCAUACCCAAGAAUACUCAAGGCUGUAAUCGCUGCCAAAGGUGCUUCAACUAAGUACUGAGUAAAGGGUCUGAAUACUUACAUAAAAUGUUUUUAAUUAUUUAAAAAAAUUAUAAUAAUUAUACAUUUGCUAAAAUUUCUGUUUUUGCUUUGUCAUUAUUGUGUGUAAAUUGUAAAAAACUAUUUCAUCCAUUUUAGAAUAAGGCUGUAAUGUAACAAAAUGUAAACUGUAAGUGUUGUUAUUGUGAAGUGGAAACGUUGUUAGAAAUUGCGUAAUUCAAAUCUGGGAUUGGAAUAAGAAUCAAGAGAUCUUCAAUCCAAGCUUAAUUUAUUAUAUGCAAAAUGUAUGUAUGAUAAGUAUGAAGGUUCGUAUAUACGGGUCCGCUGAGAUACCACGCAGGGCACUCAGAGAACUGAUCCAUUGUUCUAAGUUCUUCUUCAAAUACUCUGACAGAAAGCCUCCACCUCUUCUGUUGGCCAACCAGAGCAAAGGACUGAGUGUGGUUCAGCCAAUCCGUUGGCGCAGGGGUUGGUCCCAACUCCUCGGCACUCCAUUUGUUGCACAUUGUUGCCAGGCAUGUUGCCAGGCAUAAGUUGCUAUCAUUAUAACCUAUGGAAUCAGCACCUAAAAGACACCAUUCCACUGUACUCCAUGUACCCAUGUUCAAGGACAGUUUCACAGACAACAAAGAGAGAGUGUUCGUAUCUGUAAGAAAUACAAGUCUUAUCUGUCCUACCCCUAACGUUCCUUACAUGAAUAACAGCCUGUUAUGUGAAACAAUUUAUAUCAGUACAGUUCAUUAAUGCAUUCCUUCCAAGCUAUUCAUCACAUACAGAUCCAAUUAUGAGAAAAAUAGAACCCAACAACGUCUAGGAGCAACAACGGCUCAGUCGGGAAGUGGUAGGCCACACAAGCUCACAGAACGGGACCGCCGAGUGCUGAAGCGCCUAGCGCGUAAAAAUCGUCUGUCCUCGUUUGCAACACUCACUACCGAGUUCCAAACUGCCUCUGGAAGCAACGUCAGCACAAUAACUGUUUGAUGGGAGCUUCAUGAAAUAGGUUUCCAUGGCCGAGCAGCCCAAGAUCACCAUGCGCAAUGCCAAGCGUCGGCUGGAAGGCCCUUUCCUGUUUCAGCAUGACCAUGCCCCGUGCACCAAGCGAGGUCCAUACAGAAAUGGUUUGUUGAGAUUGGUGUCGAAGAACUUGACUGGUCUGCACAGAGCCCUAUCCUCAACCCCAUCAAACACAUUUGGGAUGAAUUGGAACGCAACUGCGAGCCAGGCCUAAUCGCCCAACAUCAGUGCCCGACUUCACUAAUGCUCUUGUGGCUGAAUGGAAGCAAGUACCCGCAUCAAUGAUCCAACAUCUAGUGGAAAGUCUUCCCAGAAGAGUGGAGGCUGUUAUAGAAGCAAAGGGGGGACCAACUCCAUAUUAAUGCCCAUGAUUCUGGAAGGAGAUGUUCGACGAGCAGGUGUCCACAUACUUUUGGUCACAUAGUGUAUAUUCAUGUUUGUUUGUGUACAUCAUUGGUUGUGUCCACCCCCUCAGACCUGGAAGAUAUAAACUGUAAUAUAAAACAUUGAUCACUUCUCAUAUUGUCUGUCUGUCUGUCCAUCUGGGUUGUGUCCCCCUCAUCAGACCCAGACCCAGUGUUGAGCCCUAUGGUGAUCAGCUGGCUGGCGUCUGCUCUGACCUUCCUCGUGGCUGUCCUCCUCAUCAUCAUCAUCAUCGUUGCCAGAGUCAUGCUCUGCAAGAGACAGAAGAAACCCUCGGAGCUAGAGAGAGAGACCAGAACCUGUGAGUCCUUGUCUUGUAUUGUCCCACUCCUAGCUUUAGCCUGGAAUCCAGGUUGGGGUCAGUUCCAUUUCAAUUCCGGUCAAUUCAGAAAGUAAACCAAUUCCACAUUUUGACUGGAAUUGAAAUAGAAUUGACCUCAACCCUGCUGGAAUCCAAACUAAUAGAAACACUGGUGAAACGGGGCUUAUCAGUUUGGAUUCCAGGCUAUCUUGGCUUACCACUUUCAAGUUAAUUUAGAAGAAUCAUCCUGUAUAACCACUAACAGACUGACGUGUCCAUUUUACAUGUCUGAUUUGACCAACAGGUGUGGACAACACGUAUGUUGCCUUAGCAAUAAAAUGAUGAGAUGA